AAUUAGUAAACGAGCAAGCUGAAUGUCAAAAAGUGAUCGGCGUGAAGAAUCUUCACGCGCAAACAACCAAACGAUCUUGCUCAAAUGAUAUAUCAAUCACUAAGGUAAAUCUAUCUCCCAUCGAUUUGAAACUCAAGACGAGUGAAAAAACCAACAAAGUAUUACCGGAAACUGGGAUAAAUGUAUUACCUUCAGAUACAAAAAUCAAUGUUAUUGCUUUACAGCCACAGGCUAAACCACUUGUAUCUCGACCUCCUAUCUCUAUUCUACCCGAUGAUCCAAAAGAGAAACGAAACCAUGUAAUUAAAAUGGUAUUGGAAAAGAUGGUUAGCUUAAGUGAAAGACGUGGAACCAAUUGUACCGAUGCCGAAUGGGAUGAAUAUUGUUGGAUGCU